AUGUAAUUAUCAGAAAAAUUGAUUGCGAGAGUAUUUGUGAUAAUAUUAUGCCUUUUGUCAAUCACAGGGUCAACUUUAAUUUUAUUGAAAUUCUUUAGAACACCUAGAUUAAGCAAAAACCCAGGGAGUAUUAUUUAAAGAAUGACCAUAGCUUAAAUUGUAUUGAAAAGAAUGUUAUUAGAUAAUUACUUUUUUGAUGUUAUUUGCACAAUUUUACAUUGAAUCUAAUGAUAAAAUAACUGGUGGUACCUUUGUAAUAUCUUCAAAUUUUUGCUCAUUUCUAGGGUUCAUUGAGAUAUUUUUCUCAUCUGAAUAUAUACUCUAUAAUGUCUAUUUUCCAAUAAAUCUAUACUGUUCACUAAAAACAUAAGACUAUAACUUUACUAAAUACUUUAAGUUUAUGGAAAUAUUCUCAUUAAUAUUUUCAUUUCUAUUCACUUUGACUAUGUUCUUUGUUAAAGAUGUCAAAAUAAAGUAUCAAUAAUAUAUAAUUAGUUUUGUUGGAGUAUGUGGUUUAUUAUUAAAUGAAUUAUCCAUACCUUUAAGUGUUAUUUUGGCAUUCAUAACAUUAACCAUUUUAAUAUUACUUGUUUUCGUAAUCACUGAAAAAUCAUCAUUUAAAACGACUCUUUAUAAUAAAGAUUCAGAAAAAUUUCAUAGGAAAUAUCAUAAAGAAUUCAUAAUUGUUAAUACACUCUAUACAACAGUAUUUCUAGUCACUUAUAUGAUUCCCUCAUGCCUUAUAUUUUGGACUUAAUUAAUUCCUGGUGAUGAAAAUCGUUUCUAUUCUUUUCCAAUUAUCUAUCCCUUGGGAGGUAUAUUACUUUUUUUGAUCAGAAUAAAUGAUCCAAUUGUAAAAAAGUAUAUAUAUACAAUAAUAAUGGGAAUGAAAAAAAAAAAUUAAAAUUUUAAAUUAAAGGAUAAACUUUUAUAAAAAGAAGAUGUAAUAAUUAAAUUAUAAUAGUUUAAUGGUAUUGAAUAGAUUAGUAUUAAUUCUGGACUUGAAAUUAGUGUUUGUUAAAAUAAGAAACUUAAAUAUACAGUAAAACCAAUGUUUAGUGAGAAAUAAUUAUAAUCAGAAAUUAUAUUAUCAUCAACUUUAGGAAAUGGAAUUCAAAAUAAAUUGAUUAAGAAUAAUCAAGAAUUAUUUAUUGUAUUACUUUCUAUUAAAAAUGUCAUCAAUUAAUGUAUUCAAGAAAAGUAAUCAUUAUUGAAAACUUUAAAACCAUUUAAUUUUAUACAUAUCACAAAAUAUUAAUUAUAUUUAUAAGAUGAUUAUAAAGAGUUGGAUUAGAAAUAUAAAAAUUAUAAUGUAUAAUUAUUAUUAAUUAUUUUAGAAUCUAUGUUUAAAGGAUUAUGUUAAUUAAAUUUGUUAUAAAAGAGUUAUAAAUUGUUAUAGUUAUGCAAGCUAGACUUUGAUUCAUCUCUUUAGUUAAAUAUUAAAUAUUGAUUUAAAUCAAUUAAAAAUUAGUUUAAAAAUUGAAUAGAAUACAAAGAAAUUAAUCAAUACUAAAUUAUCUUAAUUUUAUGGACCUAUUUUUAUUACUUAUGAUAAUUAUUUUUCUAUUGAAAUCAUUUCAAAAUAACAUAAACUGCUCUUAACAAAGGGUGGAGGAUUGAUGAAUAUUUGUAAACGUUAUUAAACUGAAUAUAGUAAGUAAAAAAAUGGUAAUACAUUAUUACCUGCUAUAUUGGGAUUAUAUACAAUUUAAAUUGAAGAAGAUAGAUAUAUUAAUGUUGUAUUAAAAUUAAAUUAAAUAAAAAUAUACUAUCCUUUAUAACUAAAUUUUUUCAAUAUUCCAGAAGAAUAAGAUUAAUUAAUCUAAUAAGAUGUAUUUGGAUGGAUAUAAUUAAGUUUAGAUAAAGGUUAAUUAAAAUUAUUUAUUGCUGAAAAAUUAUUUGAUGAUAAAUUCUAAAUUAAAAUUGAAGAUAAUGAUUUUAAACUAUCCAAAAAUGCUACUAAAGAUUUAUUGACUAUUUUAAGUAAAGAUAUAGAAGAGUUUUGUUUUUGUAGAAAUCUAACUUUAUCUUUGGUUUACUUUAAAUUACCAACAAAUAGAUUAGAUUCUAUGUGUAAACAUGACAAUUCAUUAUCUUAUCAUUAUUAAAUAAUUAAAAAUAGUUAAUAAAUGACUCCAUUAUAGAUGAAUGAAUAUUUUAAAGAUUUAGGAUAAUUUGAACUAGAUAGUAAAAUUGGAUUUGUUAGAAUUUAUUUUGAUAAUUUUUGGUAGGAUUGGGAAUAUAUCUAUUAGAAUGAAAGAUGUAUGUAUUUUGAUAAACUAACAGAAUAGUUAUCAGAAAUAAUUUGA